AUGCGUAAGUAUAGCGCGGAGGAGAAGGAGCAACUGCUUGCCAAUCUCGAUUUGGAAGUGGCGCACAAGACUCGCCAGUUCGAGGACUGGCUCUCCGACGCGCUCGAGAACUUCCGGAGACACCAGGAGGGUCUCAUUCUGCGUAUACCGCGCAUCGUGCGCAAUGUCACUCUCCGGGACUUCGCGAAGUACAACGGAGACAUCCAAGAGUGCGUCAAGGGCCUGAAGCGGGAUAUGUUGGGCGCGGAGGACAACACCAUCGAUGCGGGUACGCGGAAGCGCAAAUGGAUAGAGUCGCAGGAGACGGAGGACAAACUCGACGGGAAACUCGGCCACACUGAGUCCUCAAGAGCGAUCAAGACUGCUCGUACGGUGGCCGCUACGCCAAAGAAGAAACCUUCGUCGUUUGCUGCGCCCACUACCGCAUCGAAGACGCGCCUGCCUGUUACCAAGACCCCAGCGAAGACCCAAGGCCGCCCUCUUGGCCGCAUACCCUCGGGCGCCGUUUCCCCGAGUCCACAGAAAGGCACCAACAAAUCACUUCAGUUUCCCCGCACGCCCUCGAGAUUCGCCUCCCCCAGCAAACCAUCUCAAACCGUCCGCCCCGCGUCCCGCGUCCCCUCCUCGUCCACAUUUAACCCUACACUCGCAUCCGAAGCGUCACAUCCACGCUGGCCGCGCAAGAACGAGAACAUGCUCAGUGCGAACGGCUCGCCAUUGGCCAACCCGUACCAGCUCGACCUCAAGAACUGGUUCAACUUAGCCGUAACGGAUGGCGACGGGGCCGACACGGAGAAUGACAGUCUACCAGGAGAUACUGACGGGUCUCGUGGGCUCAGCAAACUCGGGGUCCCCGGCGGCAACAAGCUGAAGAAACAACGCAGCAUUGUGGUGCGCUCCGCGUCCAACACCUCAGUCGCCUCGCACGGCGGCCACUCGCGCUCUACCUCCCAGGCCAGCACGCUCGUGGCCUCGCAAAGCAGCCUUGAUACGAGGAUUAGCGGUGCUUCGAACUCCUCGCAGCUCCCCCUCGCAAGUGCCCCUUCCGUCUCAGCCCUUCUAUCAGUACAGACGAAGGACGGACACGUGCUGGAGUUCAACCCGCUGCAGACGACGCCAGACGAACUCGAUGCGCUGGAGGGCAUCACGGACAGCGCGAAGAAACAGGCGAAGGAGGACAUGGCGCGGCUGAUACAGGUUACGAUGCAGCGCUGGAAGCUCAGCUAG